AUGCGUACCUCACAGAUUCUCGCCCUUGCGGCCGCCCUUCCUUCUACACUCGCCGCCUACAAAGGCUUCAACUAUGGAUCGACUGGGAACGACCAGGGCGCAUUCGAAGGGCAAUUCAACUCAGCAAAGGCGCUGGGUUUCGACUCUGCCCGGCUGUACACCAUGAUCCAGGAUGGCACCACAAAUGCCCCCAUUUCAGCCAUUCCCGCGGCUAUCAAUACCGGCACGUCUCUCCUGCUGGGUUUGUGGGCUUCCGCUGGCGAUGCUCAGUUCACGAACGAGAUCGCCGCUCUUAAUGCGGCUAUCUCGCAGUAUGGAACACCCUUCACCGACUUGAUCGCCGGAAUCAGCGUGGGCAGUGAGGAUAUUUACCGCAUUACACCCAUUGGUAUCUCAAACAAUGCCGGGCUGGGCGUUGGCCCAGAUGUCAUCUCCAACUAUAUCGGGCAGGUCCGAUCAGCUAUCGCUGGUACUCCUGCGGCAGGAAAGCCUGUCGGCCACGUCGACACCUACAACGUCUGGACAAACUCUAGCCAGAAUGGUUUGAUCGGAGCCGUCGACUUCCUCGGCGUCGACGCCUAUCCUUACUACGAGACAACAAAAGCAAAUAGCAUCGAGAACGCCAACGCUACUUUCUGGGAUGACUACGACCAGACCGUUGCUGUCGCUCAAGGCAAGCCAGUCUGGAUCACGGAGACUGGUUGGCCAGUUUCAGGUCCGGCAAGCGGUCAAGCUGUUGCAUCAGUCGAGAACGCACAGACUUACUACGAUGAGGUUGGCUGCACUGCGUUUGCCGACAACAUCAACACCUGGUGGUACAUUCUUCAAGACACCGGAAGCUCACCCAGCUUCGGUGUUGUUGGCGCCGGCAGUCCUCCUCCCACCACUCCGCUCUAUCCUCUUACUUGCUAG